UGUCAGCUUGAAAUAAUGACUGACACAGGAGGAGAGGGUGAUGAUGAUGAAGGCCAGUUUUUACGAAUGGGAGAUGAGGUGGUUUUGCAGAGCACCUUCACCUCCCAAGAGGAGCAUUUGAAGCUGUGUCUUGCMGCCGAAGGAUUUGGCAGCAGGCUUUGCAGGCUUGAACCCACUUCAAACUGCAAGAAUGUUCCACCAGACUUGUCUGUGUGUGGCUUCGUCCUGGCCCAGUGCCUCUCAGUUCGAGCCCUGCAGGAGAUGCUGGCCCACAGCGAGCGACUGGCAGCAGAGGUGGGAGCAGGAGUUAGCCAUCGCACUCUCCUAUAUGGCCAGGCAGUGUUGUUUCGGCACUCGUACAGCAGCAUGUAUCUCAGCUGCUUGCCUUCGUCUCAGUCUUCGCCUGACAAACUAGCGUUUGACGUUGGUCUGAGAGAGGAUGAAGCAGGAGAAACGUGUUGGUGGACGGUCCAUCCGGCCUCCAGGCAGAGGUCAGACGGUGAGAAGGUGCGUGUUGGAGAUGACCUCAUACUGGUCAGUGUGUCAUCUGAGAGAUAUCUGCAUCUGUCCUUUGGCACUAUAUCUGACAACAAAAGCUUGAGCGACAGUCUGAUUGUCAGUGCCGCCUUCCAGCAGACUCUUUGGAGUGUUGCUCCCAUCUGUUCUGGAGGUGCAGUUGCUCAAGGAUAUCUGAAGGGGGGUGAAACACUGCGAUUUCUCCACAGCCACAGUGAUGCAUGUUUGACUAUUUCUGCAGCAGAGCAGGGAGAGGAGCUUCAAAGAGUAAUUCAGUAUGAGAUAGGAUCAGUCUCCAGCUCUGCUCGCUCCCUCUGGAGGCUUGAAAUUCUCUGUGUUGCCUGGAGUGGUAAGCACGUGAGUUGGAGCGAGCCAUUUAGACUGUGUCAUGUGACUACUGGGAGGUACCUGGGUCUUACAGAAGAAAAGGGCCUGCAUCUGGUUGGUCGGGAUAAGGCUGACAUCAACACAACCUCCUUUUGCUUCAGGUCCUCAAAGGAGAAGCUUGACUCUGGUAAAACCCCUGAUGACAUGGGAAACCCAGAGAUCAAAUAUGGAGAUUCUGUUUGUUAUGUUCAGCAUUUAAACUCUGGGCUCUGGCUAACUUAUCAAGCUGCUGAUGCAAAGUGUCAUUUAGGAGCCGUUCAGAGGAAGGCCAUUUUGCACAGCGAGGGUCACAUGGAUGAUGGACUGACACUGUCCCGCUCUCAGAGAGAAGAAGCUCACACUGCUCGACUUAUCAGGAGCACGAACUCUCUGUUCAARCGUUUUAUAAGGAAAUUUGAUGUUUUCAGUCAAGAAGGAAACAAUCUGCCUGUGGAGACAGUUACACGUAGUCUUCAGGAUCUUAUCAAAUAUUUCCACCAUCCAUUGAAGGACCAAAGCCAAGAAGCCAAACACAAAACAAUAACUGCAUUAAAAAAACGCCAGAACAUGUUCCAAGAGGAGGGUGUGGUAGAUUUGGUCCUGGAUUGUAUUGACCAUCUACAACAAUAUGGUGGUGCUUCUCAUUCUGCUGAGGCUGCUCAAAGUGACACAGGAGGAUGGGAGGCCAUCAUUAACCGUUACUACGAACUACUAGCUGCUCUGAUCCGGGGAAAUCGUGUGAACUGUGCACAAUUCUCGAGUUCUGUGGAUUGGCUCAUUAGCAGGUUGGACCAGCUGGAGGCCURCUCUGGAGUUUUGGAAGUCCUUCACUGUGUUCUGGUGGAAAGUCCUGAAGCACUAAAUGUCAUUAAGGAUGGACAUAUUCAGGCUAUUAUCUCAUUCUUAGAGAAGCAUGGACACAACCAUAAGGUGCUGGAGGUGCUGAGCUCUCUGUGUGUGUGCCAUGGUGUGGCUGUGCGCUCCAAUCAGAACCUCAUCUGUGACAGCUUGCUACCAGACAGAGAUUUGCUACUUCAGACACGUUUGACUAAUCAGGUCACCAGCAUGAAGUCAAACAUCUUCGUGGAUGUGGGGGAGUCAUCAGCCCAACAUCGGAGGUGGUACUAUGAGCUGGUUGUGGAUCACGUGGACCCCUUCCUCACACCUGAACCGACACAUCUGCGUGUUGGCUGGGCCUUCACUAAAGGCUACCAGCCCAGGCCCACAGGAGGGGACAGCUGGGGGGGAAACGGGGUGGGAGAUGACCUCUACUCAUWUGGCUUUGAUGGACUACACCUUUGGUCAGGUUGUGUGGGCCGCAGAGUCAGCUCUCCCUUCCCACACCUGCUGAAAGAUAAUGAUGUGGUUAGCUGCUGYCUUGACCUGUCUGGUCCUUGCAUCUCUUUCCGGGUCAACGGUCUGCCYGUGCAGGGCAUGCUGGAGAACUUCAGUGCUAAUGGACUUCUUUAUCCUGUGGUCAGCUUCUCUGCUGGAGUCAAGGUUCGUUUUCUGUUUGGUGGACGACAUGGAGAGUUUCGCUUCCUGCCUCCAGCAGGAUAUGCUUCAUGCUCUGAAGCUCUGCUCCCAAAAGUCAAACUGAAGGUGGAGCCAUGUCAGAAAUACAUCUUAGAUCGUGGAGAAGGGAAAAAAGAGCUYAUUGGCCCCCUGGUGCCAAUCACUCCAGUUAUCUUCACCCCUUCACCUGUAGACACCAGCAAGAUUGUGCUGCCUCCACAACUUGAGUACAUCAGAGAAAAAAUGGCAGAACAUUUUCAUGAGCUCUGGCUGAAGGACAAGAUUGAUACUGGAUGGACAAAUGGACCAGUGAAAGAUGAAAGUAAACUACAUGAUCCUUGUCUGGUGGAGUUUUCCAAGCUCCCAGAGCAGGAGAGAAACCAGAACCUUCAAAUGGCUCAGGACACACUUAAGACUCUCCUUGCCUUUGGUUUCCACAUUGUUUUGAGAGACGUCCACGCAGAGGAGAGAGUCAAAUACAUGAGACUUCCCGCAAAGUAUGAGCUGCCCUGUGGCUACAGGCCUGCCCCAAUUGACUCAAACCAAGUUGCUCUCAGUUCAACAGAUGAGGAGGCGGUUGACUUGUUGGCAGAGAACGAACACAAUUUAUGGGCCAAAGAUCGAAUCAAACAGGGCUGGACCUAUGGAGCCCAGCAGGAUGGGAAAGCAAAGCGGAGCCCUCACCUUGUGCCUUGCCACCUUCUUGAUGAAAGAACAAGGAAAGCAGGGUUGGAGAGUGUAAAAGAGGCUGUCUGUACCCUGCUGGCRUUUGGUUACAGCCUGGAGCCCAUCAGCCAGGAAUGGACUGCCUUAUCAAAGCCUUGCCUCUUCUUYGCCGAGAAGAGCAGAGUGUUCAGACCAGAUAAAUCCUAUGCUGUGACCAGGGGGAAGUGGUAUUUUGAAUUUGAAGUACUGACAGCUGGGAAUAUGAGAGUGGGAUGGGCCCGACCAGGAUGUAGUCCAGAAAAAGAGCUUGGCUCAGACGACCAGGCAUAUGUCUUUGAUGGAUUUGAGGCUCAGUGGUACCAUCAGGGGGGYGAGCUCCUGGGACGUCCGUGGCUCCGAGGUGAUGUGGUGGGUUGCUUGGUGGACAUGGCUGACCGCACCAUGAUGGUCACGCUCAAUGGAGAGCUGCUCUUUAAUGACAGAGGAUCAGAGCUGGCUGCCAAGGAUUUUGAUAUCAGAGAUGGCUUGUUGCCUGUGGUCAGYAUUGGGGUGAACCAACUGGGACAGCUGAAUCUGGGCCGCCAAGUGGACUCUCUGCAGUAUUUUAAUGUGUGUGGCUUGCAAGAGGGCUUUAAACCCUUUGCCUUUAAUAUGGCUGGAGACACGGCUCUGUGGAUGAGUUGGACACAGCCUCAGUUUACUUCAAUCCAGCAUGAUGAUCACAGCUCACAGGUUACUAAAGUCAGGGGCUCAGCAGAUUCCUUAUCCAGCCUGAGGGUGUCUCAGCGGUUGCUGGCUCACCACGGUGGAGGGAGCGAGAYGGGUUUUUAUCGCCUCAGCAUGCCCAUUGAAUGUGCUGCUGUACUCCGAAGCCCUGCAGAGGCUGUGCUUCCAGUGGUGGCCAACACUUUACCUCCAAAUUCAGCGAGGAAAGAACCGGAGGACACCGACUCUGACUUUGAAGUUCUGAUGAAGUCAGCACAUAGCUUUGCUGGCUCAAGAGAUGAGCUUAACCACAAGGAUCAUAGCCAUGACAGAACAUCAAAACUGAAACAACGGUUUUUGCUCAAGAAGACAAAACCGGGCUUAGUUAGCAGUAACUCCUCUGCAAGGCUUCUUGAAGACGUCAUUGUUGAAAAAGACAGCUAUGAUCAUCUCAUACAGAGCUCCAGAUUUUACUAUUCAGUGAGGGUUCUUCCAGGCCAGGAGCCAUUCAACGUGUGGGUAGGAUGGGUGACCUCUGACUUCCAUCGGUACGACAUGACAUUCAACAGCGACAAUGUUGACACUGUGACUGUCACCCUCGGUGAUGAAAGUGGCAAAGUUCAGGACAGUGUGAAGCGAUGCAGCUGUUACAUGGUGUGUGCUGGGGAAGCCACAGGCCUGUCUCAAAGUCGACGGAGUGCAGGCCUUGAAAUUGGCUGUUUGAUAGACACAGCAACAGGGCUGCUCACCUUUACAUCCAAUGGCGUGGAAAUGUUGACUUUCUACCAAGUUGAGGCCGGUACCAAGUUGUUUCCUGCUGUUUUUGUCAAACCCACAACCAGUGACAUGUUUCAGUUUAAUUUGGAAAGUAUCAAGAAUGUGAUGCCGCUGUCGUCAGGUUUGCUUCGCAGUCAAAGAAGGAAUCCCAGUCCUCAGUGCCCUCCAAGGGUAAGGGUCCAGCAUCUUAGACCUGUUUCAUGGACCAGAGUACCAGACAGUGGAUUAAAGGUGCUGGUAGACCGACUUGAUGAGCACCAUGGUUGGAGAGUCCAAUGUUAUGAGCCCCAGCAAGUCUUGACUCUUCAGAUUCCUGAUGAAUGCAGGUCUGUUGACAUUUUGGAGCUGUCGGAACUAGAUGACCUCCUGACCUUUCACCAUAAUACCCUCCUCCUCUACUGCUCUUUAUGUGCCCUUGGCAACACCAGAGUUUGCCAUGCCCUCUGCAGUCACAUCGACCAGUCGCAGGUUCUUUAUGCCAUUCAGAAUCCUCACCUUCCUGGCCCGAUCCGCUCUGCAUUUUAUCAGCUGCUUAUUCAGGUUUACCUAAGCAGCUACACCACAACGUGUCUAAUGAUGAUCCAUGAGUACAUUGUUCCUAUGACCAGUCAGACCACACACAACUCUCUCUACCUCAGUCCUACUGRUGAUGGCCUCGAUGGGGAGAAUGGUCAGUUUGCAGAAGGCAUUCCCAGCACCAGUUGCAGCACAUCUCUUAAACCAAAGAUGCAUUUUUCAUCUCCCUGUUUUAUCAGGGGAAAUGGGAUGGAAGCAGAAGGUGCAGGUGAAAUGGCCUGCACUGACAGCCCAGAAAUCCCUCUGGACAUACUGAAGAAUCUGACAGUGGAAAUGUUGACUGCUGGAGUUUUGGCUGUGAAUCAAGCUGUGAGGGAUCCUGCUGGUGGCGAUGUUGAACAUCUACUUGUUCCUCUUUUAAAACUGUUGUACAAUCUUCUGGUCAUGGGCGUUGUUGGCGAUGAGGUUCUUGGGCUGAUUGACACAAACAUAUUCUCUUCAAAUGCUGAAACCCUUGAGGAUGAGAAAGAGGAAACUAUUGAUGAACAAGAAACAAAACAAAAUGACUUCCUUAAACAAGGACUUCUUCAGAUGAAGCUUCCAGAAGCUGUCAAACUUGAGCUCUGCCAUUUACUGUCCUACUUGUGUGAUUGCCAAGUGCGCCACAGAGUAGAAGCUGUGAUUGCUUUCUCAGACAACUUUGUGCAUCAGCUGCAAGAGAACCAACGUUGUCGCUACACUCAGGUCAUGCAGGCACUCAACAUGUCUGCAGCGCUCACUGCUCGCAAGACGAAGGAGUUCCGCCUACCUCCACAGGAGCAGAUCAACAUGCUGCUGAGCUUCAGAGAGGAYGAGCAGAAAGGGAACUGUCCGUGUCCAGCUGAAAUCCAACAGCUCCUGCAAGACUUCCAUCAUCUCCUCAACACACACUGCGGCACAGAACUCAACUCUGACUCAGAGGAUAAAGACACYGUUAAGAUGCCUUUGAAAGAUCAACUUGUCAGUUUUCUGACGGGACUCGUUGGACAUAAAACGACUUCCAGUGAAAUGAAGGCGUUUAAAUCACACAGUCCUAGGUCCCUCAAACAGCUGAUUUCUGAGACGAUGGUGUGCUGGACUCAAGAGAGUGAGAUAGCAGACUCUGAGCUGGUUAGGGCUAUCUUCUCAUUGCUGCACCACCAGUAUCAGGGCCUCAGGGGCCAAAUGGAGAAGCCUCUCUCAAAGGCUUAUGCUAUCAGCCACUCGUCAGUUGAGGAUGCUAUGGCACUCUUGACCUCCUUGGGUCAAAUUCGAUCUCUCCUGAGUGUCCGCAUGGGGAAGGAAGAAGAGAAGCUGAUGAUCAAAAGACUAGGAGAUAUAAUGAACAACAAAGUCUUUUACCAACACCCCAACUUAAUGAGGGCAUUGGGGAUGCAUGAGACUGUGAUGGAGGUGAUGGUCAAUGUUCUGGGAGAAGGAGAGUCAAAGGAGAUUACCUUUCCGAAGAUGGUGGCAAGCUGCUGUCGAUUCUUGUGUUAUUUUUGCCGCAUCAGUUGUCACAAUCAAGGGGCGCUUUUUGACCACCUCAGCUAUUUGUUAGAAAACAGCAGUGUUGGGCUAGCUUUACCAUCCAUGCGUGGCUCCACUCCUCUUGAUGUAGCAGCAGCCUCUGUAAUGGAUAAUUAUGAACUGGCUUUAACUCUGAGGGAACCCGACAUAGAGAAGGUGGUUCAGUACCUUGCUGGAUGUGGUCUCCAGAGCUGUUCACUGCUGGUGGCAAAAGGUUACGCUGAUAUUGGAUGGAACCCUGUGGAGGGCGAGCGUUAUCUGAAUUUUCUACGCUUUACCGUCUUUUGUAAUGGUGAGAGUGUGGAGGAGAAUGCCUAUGUGGUGUUGAGGUUGUUGAUUCGUCGGCCUGAAUGUUUUGGCCCUGCACUGAGAGGGGAUGGGGGAAAUGGACUUCUAGCAGCCAUGAAGGAAGCCAUCAGGAUCUCUGAGGACCCUUCAAUGGAUGGACCUUUCCCGAAUCCCAAAACACUAGAUGCUAUUCAGGGCAGUAAUGAUGACCGUAUUCACCUGGGACACGCCAUCAUGACCUUCUACUCAGCCCUUAUUGACUUGCUGGGGCGCUGCGCUCCAGAGAUGCAUUUAAUUCAAGGAGGCAAAGGAGAAGCCAUCCGCAUCAGGGCUAUUUUGAGAUCGCUCAUCCCUAUUCAGGAUCUUGAUGGAGUAAUCAGCAUCUCCUUUCAGCUCCCAUCAGUGUCUGAAGAUGGUUUGUUGGUUGAGCCAAUCCUGUCCACAGUGUUUUGCCCCGACCAUAAAGCAGCUAUGGUUUUAUUCCUGGAUCGCGUUUAUGGCAUWGAGGACCAAAACUUUCUUCUCCACCUUCUGGAAGUCGGCUUUCUGCCUGACCUUCAGGCUGCUGUCUCUCUUGACACCGCUGAGCUGGGAUCCACCGAUAUGGCCUUGGCCCUCAACAGAUACUUGUGUACUGCUGUUCUUCCCCUGCUCACCAAAUGUUUUGCCCUCUUCCACAAUUUAGAGGACAAUUUUCUCCUGGUUGACUCACUCAUUCAGGCUAUUUAUCAGCUCUCAAGAGCUCUCAGYUUGACCAAGGCUCAGAGAGACACURCUGAAGAYUGUUUGCUGGCUUUGUGCAGUAAACUCCAGCCAUCUAUGAUGCAGCCGCUCCUUCACCAGCUUGUCUUUGAUGUUCUCCAUCUCUCAGACCACAACAAAAUGCCACUAAAACUCUUGACCAGUCAUUAUGAGCAGAGGUGGAAGUAUUACUCCCAUGCUGGCAGGGGGGAUGACCAAAGUUUGGCCUCUGAAGAAGAGCUCCACCUUUCUAGAAAGUUAUUCUGGGGUGUUUUUAAGGCAUUAGCAAAGAAGCCAUACRUUCCUGAGUUCUUCAAGUUGUGCGUACAAUGCCUUGUCGCAGUUGCUAAAGCAUUCCCUCCGGAACACACGGAGUCUGGCUGUCUGUCUCAAAGGGACAGAAAAACGUCAGUGGACACAAAUGGACACUUUGACCCCCAGCCUGUAAAUACAUCCAAUGUUUCUGUGCCUGAGGGACUGGAAUUUGUAGUGAACAAGUACGCAGAGCACACUCAUGAAAAGUGGUCUCUUGACAAGUUUGCCAACGGCUGGGUUCACGGGGAGCAGCUAUGCGAGAACUCCAAAGUUCACCCGCUCCUGAAGCCGUACAGAGCUCUGGCUGAGAAGGAAAAGGAGGCGUAUCGCUGGGCCAUCAAAGAGACAGUAAAGACUAUGUUAGCCUUUGGUUGGACCAUAGAAAGGACCAAAGAAGGAGAAGCAUUUGCCAUGCAGGCCUGUGCUCGCCGACUCUCGCAGUCUGGUCAGCUGUCCUUUCAAGGAGCAUCAACUUUUAGCCCCAAACCUUUGGACAUGAGCUGUAUCACAUUGUCAUGGGACCAAUGUACCAUGGCUGAACAGUUGGCUGAGAACUACCACAACAUCUGGGCUAAAACAAAGAAAUCAGAACUUGAGAGUAAAGGGGGUGGAGGCCAUUCAAUGCUCGUACCCUACGAUGCCCUGACUGCCAAGGAGAAAACCGAGUUCAGAGAAAAAGCCCAGGAUAUACUCAAGUUUCUUCUGCUUAACGGUUACACAAUGUGGAGGGAUCGAAAGACAACUGAAACUGACUUUCCAGCCAAAGGCAACAGCUUUGGAUACACCUUCCUUCAGCGAAUGUUAUUUCACACCGAGGAGACCCAAGAGAUCAUGUUAAAACUUGAGGUGAUUCAAGCCAGACGACAGAUAUCUGAAGGAGAGAGAGCAGACAUUCAACCAAUAAUCUUUUUUCAGAAGGUUGUCCUUCCUGUUUUGGAACAAUAUGUCAAAAGCCAUCGUCUGUAUUUCCUGUCUACCUCUCUCCGCUCAAGUGAUAAUAGAAGUCGUGCCUCAAAAAAAGAAAAGGAGAUGAUUGUUUGCCUCUUUUGUAAGCUUGCAGCUUUGGUAAGACAUCGGAUCUCAUUAAUUGGAAACGGAGCCUCCGACGUUAAAAGCUGCCUCUGCGUUCUGACUCAGGCUCUUGAUGCCAGAACAUUAUCAUCAGCCUCAGAGUCUAUCCAGWCUUGUCUGAAUUCAUUCUUUGAUGCAGCUGCAGCUGAUUUGGAGAUGACUGUGGAAGAGGUCUCAGAAACUUUAUGUCAGAGUCGAGGCCAGUUGACUCGAGGAGCGGCCAAGUUUCUCAACUACACAACCUCCAUUCUUUUACCUAUGCUCACUUCUUUCUUCCAUCAUCUCAGUAGUCAAACCCAUGGAGUGGACCUUCUAGUUGGCAGAACCCAGGUGUCCUGUUACAGGAUCUUGAACAGCCUUUACUCUCUUGGAACCAGUAGCAGCAUCUCGAUGAAGGGACACAGGUCAGCAGUUGGUGCAUGCCUGGCAGCCCUUACUGGGGCUUUUCCCAUCUGCUUCCUGGAGCCAUCUCUAAACCAUAAUAAUCCAUAUUCCAUCUAUAAUAYCAUGAGUGCGUCUCAGAUAAAAGAUCUUGGACUGCCAGAUCAGGUUGCAGAAGUAUGUCAUCUCCUGCCCUGUUUGGAAGAGGCUCUGAAAGAGGUGGAAGAGUUGGCUGGUGUUGGUGCAGGAGCUCAUCAGACCCCCUAUGWCCAUGUUGCAGAGGUCACUGUGCCCAUGUUGUGCAGCUACAUUGCUCAUUGGUGGCAUUGGGGCCCUGAGGGUCAGCCCGACAGGCCAGUCUUCACCACAGUCAUUCCUCAGCAUGCYAGUGACCUCAUUGGCCACAUCCUCCGCAUCACCCACAAUCAUGUGGGUGUUAACCAGGGUGACUGGAUGAAACAAAUUGCAGUUUUUUCACAGCCAAUCAUAUGCAAAGCUCGCUCUGAGCUGUUGAAGAGUCACUUCCUGCCAUUGAUGGAGAAGUUAAGGAAGAGGACAGAAUGYGUUCUGUUAGAGGAGGAACAGCUUAAGGCAGAAGGAUGUUGUAUUUCUGAGGCAGAGCUGCAAAUAGAGGAAACAUACAGAAUCCUGGUGCGAGACCUCUAUGCCUUUUAUCCUCUCCUCAUCCAGUUUGUUGAUUUGAAUCGAGCCAGAUGGUUGAAAAAGCCAAUCCCUGAGGCUGAGCAGCUGUUCAGGAUGGUGGCAGAGGUCUUUAUAUACUGGGGCAAAUCUCAUCACUUCAAAUGGGAGGAGCAGAACUAUGUGGUCCAAAAUGAUAUUAACAACUUGGCAUUCUUGAUCUACAAUGACAAAAUGUCAGAGUUUAACCAUGACAAAAGGAGGAUGAAGACAAAAGGGGAUCACUAUUCUGUGCACACUUCUCUCAUUGUGGCUGCCAUGAAGAGGCUGGUUCCUUUGGGACUCAGGGCUUGUUUUCCAGGCGACCAGAACCUUAUCAUGUUGGCUAAGAACGGCUUCUUUCAGAAAAACACUGAAGAUGAGAUUCGAGAGCAUAUUUUCAACAACCUUUUACAUUCUCAGGUUCAGGCAUCAAACARCGACAGGCAGGAGAUUCUUAAUGCUCAACACCAAACACAGCUCGGGGCUCUCUCUGACACACAAAGGACUGUGGACAGGAUUCUAGAAAUAGCUCAGGCCCUUUAUUACCUGGAUCAGGUGGAACACCCACAAAGAAGUAAAAAGCCGGCAUGGUCCAAAGUGUUAUCUAAACAGAGAAAACAUGCAGUGGUGGCCUGCCUAAGGAUGACUCCACUCUACAACUUACCUCGUCAUCGAGCAGUCAACCUGUUCCUCCAAGGCUACACUAAGUUCUGGAUUUCCUCUGAAACUCACAACUUUGAAGAGAUGCUUGUGGAGAAUUUAGCUAGGGGAGGAGUGAUAAACGUGUGCRGAGGUGACAAAGGGGAGGUAAAGGAUGUGGAAGAAGGUGCCAAGCUGAUCGAUCCACUUCUACAACUCAUUACACUCUUCAGUCGAAAUGCUCUAACUGGAAGCAGUAAGCAUGAAAAUGACAGCCUUUACAAGUCCUAUGCUGUUAUUAUGGCCAAGAGCUGCUGUACGGAAGAUGAUGAUGAUGAUGAUGAUGAUGAUGAUGAAGGCGAGGAGGUCGAAAGCUUUGAAGUGAAGGAGAUGCAGAAACAGAAGCUGCGGUACCAGCAGGCCAGGCUGCAUGGUCGAGGAGCGGCUGAGAUGGUCCUGCAAACCAUAAGUGCCAGCAAAGGCACCAUGAGCUCCAUGAUUGCCCCCACUCUGAAACUUGGUAUUGCUAUUCUCAACGGAGGRAAUGUCACAGUUCAGCAGAAAAUGCUGGAUUAUCUAAGAGAGAAGCGGGAUGUUGGCUUUUUUCAGAGCAUGGCUGGGCUCAUGCAGGCAUGUAGUGUGUUGGAUCUGAAUGCAUUUGAGAGGCAGAACAAAGCAGAAGGAUUAGGCAUGGCCACGGAUGAGAGCUCAGAGAAAGUAAUGCCAGACAAAGACCUGACUUGUGAUCUAUUCCGUUUCCUGCAGCUGCUCUGUGAAGGACAUAACUCUGAUUUCCAAAAUUAUUUAAGAACCCAAACAGGAAACAACACCACUGUCAACAUCAUUAUUUCAACUGUCGACUUUUUGCUAAGGGUGCAGGAGUCAAUCAGUGACUUCUACUGGUACUACUCAGGAAAGGAUGUGAUUGAUCCGCUCGGUCAACACAACUUCUCCAAGGCCAUUGAAGUAGCCAAGCAGGUCUUCAACACCCUUACAGAGUACAUCCAGGGCCCAUGCACAGGGAAUCAACGAAGUCUAGCCUAUAGCCGUCUCUGGGAUGCUGUGGUGGGAUUCCUCCAUGUCUUUGCUCAGAUGCAGAUGAAACUCUCUCAGGAUUCAAAGCAAAUCAAACUUUUGAAGGAGCUCAUGGACUUGCAGAAGGACAUGGUUGUGUUCCUGCUUUCCAUGUUAGAAGGCAACAUUAUCAAUGGAACAAUUGGAAAGCAGAUGGUGGAUAUGUUGGUGGAAUCAUCAGGAAAUGUGGAGAUGAUUCUCAAGUUUUUUGACAUGUUCCUCAAACUGAAAGACCUCACAUCCUCAGAAGGCUUCAGAGAGUAUGACCCUGAUUGUAUGGGCAACAUAUGCAAGAAAGACCUCCAGAAAGCCAUGGAAACCUGUAAACGUUUCUCCCAGACUGAGAUCCACUUCCUGCUCUCUUGUGUGGAGACAAAUGAUGGUCAAACUGUGGAAUACGAGACCUUUGUAGAUCGCUUCCAUGAGCCGGCAAAAGACAUCGGCUUCAGUAUCGCCGUGCUUCUCACCAAUUUGUCUGAACACAUGCCCAAAGAUUCUAGACUGAAGACAUUCAUGGAAUUAGCAGAUUGUGUAUUGACUUACUUCCAGCCCAGWCUUGGACGCAUUGAGAUCCUUGGCAGUGGGAAGCGCUUUGAACGUGUGUACUUUGAGAUCAGUGAAUACAAUCGCACACAGUGGGAGAAACCACAGGUCAAAGAGUCCAAGCGRCAGUUUGUUUUUGAUGUGGUCAAUAAGGGAGGAGAAAAGGAGAAAAUGGAAAUGUUUGUCAAUUUCUGUGAAGACACCAUCUUUGAGAUGCAGCUUGCAGACCAGAUUUCUGGCUCCAACACUGGAGAGAAGUGUGCUGGAAAACAAGAGGAYGAAGAGGCUAAAGAUAAUUCUGCAAACAACAAGGGAACAUGUUUUAUUUAUAAUUUGUGGAUGUUGCCAGUGUGUCUACUGUCUGUGAAAAACCUUAGGACACUGAUGAAAAUGACUUUGAAAGAUAUCUUUACAACAUUACUUUUACUUCUGAGGCUGAUUUGCAUGGCUCAGGUCCGGAGCAUUUAUGCUGUCAUUCACAGCGUCAUGUAUGUACUGUAUGUAAUCUUUUUCAGYGGCAGGCUCAUAGAGAGAGUGAAAAGGAUGAGGUUGUCUGACUUGCUGGGUGGUAUCCUUGAACCCACUCUUGAUGAGGUCAUGGAGGUGCCAAGCAGUGUAGAUAGACUGAGAAAGUACUCUGCUAGCUUCUCAUCCCAGACAGAUUUGAAGGUGAUUGGGCAGAUGGCAUCUGUGACAUUUCCCAGAGAGGUGGAUGUGUUGUCAGACAUAUUUGGUCUCAAACUGACAAAGGAGGGAGGUCAGUACCGACUGGUAACUCAGGAUCUCACUGACAGUCUGACGGAUUUGUUCAACACAUCCACAGCAAAAYCCAACUCUGACGCAUCAGAACACCAGGAAGUGCUGAAACAUCACUUGGACUCAGGAGGACCAGACAAUGACCAAAUAUCAGAGUUUCAAAAUACAAAGGAGAAAACUGAGAAGAAAACUGGGAAUAUGAAAGAAAAGGUGAAACGGAGAACCAAGAGAAGACCAAACAAGCAAAAGAGACAACAGAGCCAACAAUCUGCUCUCUGGGAAAUGAUAAGCUUCCACAACAAGAGUCUUCUGAACUACUUUGCAAGGAAUUUUUACAACAUGCGUUUGCUGGCUCUAUUUGUUGCUUUUGCAAUCAACUUCAUCCUUCUGUUUUUUAAGGUCACAUCCUCACCCAUAUCCAAAGAAGAGGAAAUAUUGGCCUCAUCUAUAAACAGGGAGGAACUGGACUCUCCUAUAAAACACGACAACAGUAGCAGAGUUUAUUUUGUGCUGGAAGAAACCACUGGUUACAUGGAGCCAUCUCUCCAUUUCCUUGCUGUUGCACACACAAUCAUCUCUUUCUGCUGUAUUAUUGGUUACUACUGCCUCAAGGUACCAUUAGUGAUCUUCAAACGUGAGAAAGAGGUGGCACGCAGAUUGGAGUUUGACGGAUUGUAUGUGACACAGCAGCCUCCUGAGGAAGACGUUAAAGGRCAGUGGGACAGACUGGUCAUUAAUACACCAUCAUUUCCUAGUAAUUACUGGGAUAAAUUUGUGAAAAGAAAGGUGAUGGAUAAAUAUGGCGACUUUUAUGGCAGUAAGAAGAUCAAUGAACUGUUGGGUCUGGACCGAGCUGCUUUGGACUUCAGCUCUGAAAGAACAGAGAACAAGAGGCUCAGGAGAGACACAAACUGGAGUGCUCUAUUUAACUCCGUUGACGUAAAGUACCAGGUGUGGAAACUAGGUGUUGUGUUCACAGAUAAUUCCUUUUUAUACUUGGCAUGGUACAUGACCAUGUCAGUUCUGGGUCAUUAUAACAACUUCUUUUUUGCUGCCCAUCUUUUGGAUAUUGCUAUGGGCUUUAAGACACUUCGUACCAUUCUUUCCUCCGUCACACACAAUGGAAAACAGUUGGUGCUGACUCUGGGUCUGUUGGCAGUUGUGGUGUACCUGUACACCGUUGUAGCCUUUAUUUUCUUCAGGAAGUUUUACAAGAAGAGCAAAGACAAGGAAACCGAAGACAUGAAGUGCAACGACAUGCUAACAUGUUACAUGUUUCACAUGUAUGUGGGAGUGCGUGCUGGCGGUGGCAUCGGUGAUGAGAUCGCAGAUCCUGCUGGAGAUGAGUUUGAGGUGGAACGAAUCAUCUUUGACAUAACGUUUUUCUUUUUUGUCAUUGUAAUCCUCCUGGCCAUCAUUCAGGGCUUAAUAAUUGAUGCCUUCGGAGAGCUUCGAGACCAGCAGGAACAGGUGAAAGAGGACAUGGAGACCAAGUGUUUUAUAUGUGGAAUAGGAAGUGAGUACUUCGAUAACAUCCCKCAUGGUUUUGAGACUCACACUCUGCAGGAGCACAAUAUGGCCAACUACCUAUUUUUCCUGAUGUAUCUCAUUAACAAGGAUGAAACCGAACACACUGGGCAGGAAUCCUAUGUGUGGAAAAUGUACCAGGAGCGUUGCUGGGAAUUCUUUCCUGUGGGAGACUGUUUCCGUAAGCAGUAUGAGGAUCAACUGGGAUGAAAAGGAAUCCAUGAGGUCAAAUGCCUCCCAAGAUAGUGUUAUUACACAGAAGCUGCGUUGAUUGUUGCCUUUGGACUCGCUAAAUUACCUUAAAAAUGUGUGUUUACAUUAAUCUUCUGUUUGGUUUUGGAGUGAUUAGUUUUCUGUUAAAACAACGAUCUGACACUGUAUAAAUACGUUUUAAUCAAAUGAUUUACAACCACGUUUUCAUGAUCUAAAACAAUGUAUAGAGUUUUAGUUGCUUGUUUUGUUGUCUUGAGAGUGGAAAGCAAUUAAUUUUAGCGGUUUAGGUCCACAGAUGUAUUCAGAGCAUUGUGAUAUUUAUCUCCCACUAGAACUGAUAAUCCACAUUCAGGUUCAAGGAUUUUUGCUAUCCUGAUACGUUGCAUCUUUUCAGAAUAAACUGUUCUGUCUUCCUUGC